GCACGUGGACGAGAUAUAGUAAAGUUACUAACUGGAAAUCGUUAAUAUUAUUGUAAAAAUGGAGCAAAUAGAAAUAAAACAGGAAAUUGACGAUAGUAUGAAAGAAACAGAAACUGGUGAUAAUACAGAAAUUAAAUACGAAGAAAAAUUAAAAUACACAAGUCUUAUAGCCAAACCCAUGGCUUCAAAAAAGUUAACCAAAAAAAUUUAUAAGUGUAUUAAAAAAGCUGCAAAGCAUAAAUCUUAUCUUCGAAAUGGUUUGAAGGAUGUUCAGAAGCAUCUUCGCAAAGGAGAACAAGGAUUGGUAGUCUUUGCCGGAGAUGUAUUUCCAAUAGAAAUCAUGUGUCAUUUACCAAUUGUAUGCGAAGACAAAAAUAUUCCAUACUGCUACACACCUUCGAGACAGGACAUUGGUACAGCUAUGGGCGUGAAAAGAGGCAGUCUUAUGGUACUUAUUAAGGAACACGAAGAAUAUAAAGAACUUUAUAAUGAAAUUAAAACCGCAAUGAUAACAUUAUCAACACCGAUAUAGAUAUCUUUAACAAUUUAUAUCUUUAAUCACUUUGUAAAUAGAAUAGAUCCAUGUAUCCUUAAGAGAGAGAAGAGUAUUGUAUCAGAGACUGCAACUUUUUAUACAAAUAUCUUUCACUAUUAUGAUGUAACCAAUUUGUUAUAUAGAUGGCAAGUUUUUUAACACAAAUCACUAUAGAAUAAAAGAAUCUAAAAAAGAAAUAGAAAUAAAGUUUCUAAUUAUAAUCUAAUUUAUAUAAUAAUAAUCUAAUUUAAUGUAACAUUUUUUAAUUUGAGGACUAGACAUUACAUUUUUGUCCUUCAAUGAAAAGGAUAUAUAAUUGUUUGAGAUACAGUUCUAAAAAAUCCAAAUUUUAGUUAAAAAUUAAAUUUAUUUAUCGCCUGUGCAUUUUUGAAAAUAGAAUAUUAAAAUUUAGCUUAAGAUAAAAAUCAUAUUUCUCGAAGCGGUAUGGAUAUAUAUGUAUAUACAGCUUUGCUUUUAUCUUAGACCAGUAAAAUUAAAUCUGCCAUAGAUUUCAUUAUUUCGAUUAACGGUCAUCAAGAUAUCCGAAAAUCAAUAUGGAUUGUCAAUUGAGACCUUCGAACAAUCGCUUUACUUCUUUAGUUUCUCUGUGAUCCUCAAAAUAUCAUUUAACAUAAUAUUUAAAGGUAAUUACAAAACUUGAUGUUUGUCAAAGUUCGAUAGCACUAUCCACUUGCUAUCCAUCAUACGUUUGUUAAAUCCUGACAUGUUCAAAUAUUGAAAUUGUUUAAAUUUGAAAAUAUGUUUAUGAAUACGAAGAUUGAAAAUAACUCAUUAAUCGUAAGAUAUAAUCAAAGCAAUAGAAAAGUUAAAUAUAUGAAAUAGUUACAAAUUUGAAACGUAAAUCGUGCUGGGGCGAAUUGAUUUCGAUAUAGAAAUAUUAAUAAUAAAUAUUAUAAUAUUAUAAUAUUAUAAUAAAUAUUAAUAAGUCAUAAGAUUUGACUUGUAUGUUUUGAAAAAAUUUAUACGUUUGACGUUCAUUAAUACAGAACGUUAUAAUAUGAAAUGUUCAAAAUUACUUUAUGAUUUCUUAAUCGAUAUCUAAGCUUAAAUUCUUAAUCCGACCAAAUUCUGACGAUUCCGACGAAUCGGUUACAGUAAUGCUUUGUUAAUUGGCCUGAUACAUUUAUUUUAAUUAUGUACUAUAUAGAGACACUCCACGGUGUCAUUUCUGAGAACUGGUGGGAAUAGCUAUAGCCAGUUAACCAGACACUACUGUAAGAUUCAAAACAGAGGUCGCAAUCACAAUAAUCUUCCUCGGCGUAGGAUCGAAGGCUUUGCGAGCGUGGUAAGUUGAAAAUUAAAAAUAAGAAAAACGAAACGAAUAUGUAAAUACUUUGAGAAAUUGAAAAAUUUUUACUUUGAAGGAAAUGUCAGUAGAAAAUAAUCGUUGUUCAUCAACGUAAAUUAAGUUUACGUUAAACUGUACAUUUACAAUCGUCACGUUUAGAGUUUUAAAUGCCCGCAAAUGCCUUGUACGCAUGGAAAAACAUUUAAUAAAAAUUUAAGGAGAAUUCUGGCUAAAAUGCAUUUGAAAAUUAUAAUUUCCUGAUCCCCUAUAGCUCUACAUGUAACUGUAUUCCUUAUUCCUACGAUUACUGAUUUCAGUACAAAAUAUACACUUAGGAGCGACAAAGGAUAACAUUGACGUUAAAAUUGACAUAGCGUACAAAUGGGACGCUAUUCUCACCCUCUCCUCGCCGGAACAGAUAUAUUCUCUUUGCGUGUACAUUGUUUCCGUUAAUUUCUCUCAGACCAGGCAGUAAUACAUCUUGUGACUGUAUAUAUGUUUAAUUUUACUUCUUCCUCGACUUCUUUCAAAUAUCUAGAUUGAAAUUGUUUAAUUCGAAUAACCAGUCAAAGAAUCCUCAUUGUCACGCGUGGUUACAUAAAUGCUUAUUUAGAUACAGUACUGUCUUGUUAAUUGGCUGGAAUUCUGCCUUAUUAACUGACCAUUGCUAUCCCCACCGUUCCUUGGAAGUUUCUUCUAGGAGCAAAAUUCUAAUUUUUUAAUAAACGGCCAGUUAACAAGAUAUUACCGUAUAUGAUAUACAUACAUAAUGUAAAAUUACAAUUCUCCGUUUAUAUUUUGUUUCUUCCCCUUUUGUUCCUUCCCAUUCGCUCACUCAUUCGAACAUACUUUCAUUGCACGA